AUGAAGCUUUCUAUUCUCGUCGCCGCAACUUCUGUUGCUCUCGUAUCUGCCCUUCCUCAGUCUGGCGCGGAGGAUCCACACAAAUGGAUAGCUGGCGGGAAGAACGAUUUCCGUGGCCCUUGUCCGAUGAUGAACACUCUGGCAAAUCACGGCUUUCUUCCUCGUGAUGGCCGCAACAUCACUAGAGACAACGCCAUCGCCGCCCUAGGAAAUGGCCUCAACUUUGACAGUAACCUCGCAGGUAUUAUGUGGGAGCAGGCCAUCUUUAUAAACCCGGAGCCGAAUGCCACAUUCUUCACCCUAGAUCAACUCAACGUUCACAAUAUCCUUGAGCAUGAUGGAAGUCUCAGUCGCCUCGACGCCUUCUUUGGAAACAACCAUGUCUUCAACCAGAAGGUUUUCGACACUUCGCGAAAGUGGUGGACGGAUCGCACGAUAACUGCGAAGCAGCUUGCACACAGCAAGAUCUACCGUCAGCUCGAGUCACGAUCAUCCAACCCUAACUACACCUUUACUGCUUCUGUUGAAGAGUUUAGCCUGGGAGAGGUUGCUGCACCCAUCAUUGUCUUCGGCAACAUGACAGCGGGCACCGUUAGGCGAGACCUUGUCAAAUUCUUUUUCGUUCGAAAUGCGACAAGCCUCAUCACAGGCGGCAGUGCUCCUGCUCCACACAAGCGAGCCAUCGACCUGCACGGCGGAAUUAUCACAGUACAGCCCAAAUUGGAAUCUCAACAUUACCAAAUCACACACAGAAUCAACAAAGAAAAAGAGUGGUUUCGCACGUUUGGAUCUCUAGACAUGAACAUCAGCGUACCCACCGAUCACAGUUAUUCAGCAAGUGGCGACUAUAAGAUGACUUCCGAGAGCCCUCAAAGCUCAGAUGCGCGGACGGUAAACGACAGAGCUCAUACUAUGGCAGGUCCAGUGCCGUCAAGGUCACCUAAGAAGAAGUGUGAAGCACUUCCAAAACCACUACACACGCCGUUGGCUACCAAAGAAAAGCAGAAACAGACCACAGGGUUGAAUAGAGCUAAGCUUUCUAAGGAGGCGCAAGAUCUUUGUGCUAUCCUAGACGAAACUCUUGGUCGCAUGAUGGAAGUGCAUGAGCGCAUGACAAACUUCCAAGCCUACAUUCACUCGCAGAAACAGCAGAACAAACCAUUGUACCAAUGGACCAAGUAUGAUGGCUAUCGCAUCCUUGGUCAUGCCGUGUCCACGCUAGAUGAAGCCGCAUCCAAGCUCGAGUCCAUUACCGAAGAGCACUCUCGCCUACCGUUUAAGCACUCCGCCGUAUAUCUCGACCGAGCUGCCCAGUUCUCCACAUCUGUCAGCAAUGCAGCUGUGUAUGCUCUGGGUGCGAUAAGCCAGAGAUCCGCUACCUGCAUGUUCGAAAUCGAACAAUCGUCCUUGAGCAAUGAAGCCAAAGACCAUGGGAAGACGUUGAUCUUCAGCGAGGUACAAGAGCUUAUCAAACACUCUACCAGAGCGACGGAUCGCAUGUACGCCGCCAUGGACUUGUUCCAAGCGAUUCUAUGCGUCGAUCCCUUUGCUGAGCAGCAGGGCACCUACAAAAUCAAGAAAAGUUCCUCAGACAGUGAGGCUACACCACACGCGUCAAGCGCGAAGAACUGGACAUGUACAAUGGCGCGCGUUCUUCUCAGUGCUGCUACAAGCGCUGUUAUCGGCCUUGCUGUUGCGUACUCGUGUGGUCCUGCAGGCUUUGAUCUUGCGCUUGGGUGGAACGAUGGAAACGGAAUGUGUGGCCAGAUAAUAGAUAUUAUUGAGCGUUCCCAGGCAAUGGCGAACAUCACAGGCGAGUUUUACUGGAGCAAGCUACACGACAUCGACCAGCGUUAUCAGGACCUCGAGACAGUCAGUGAGGCGCAUGGAUUGCGAAUCGACAACCUCGUAGCCGCCCUAGGACCCCCUAACAUGGAAGGCACCUACUUUCCUUCUGCCCCUCCGCCCAAUCAUCAUUUGCCCAACGAUAUCAAAUCCUUCAUUCGAAAGGCUUCUGACCAUUCAGAUCGCCAGGCAAAGAAGCUGCAUGAUGAGAUGGAGCAGAUGCGCAAGAACUUUCUGCGGAUGGACAUCCGUCUCACUAAGCGUCUCGACCAGAUUUCGCGCAACGCGUAA